AUGGCUGCCCUAAAUACCCAAGCAGAGGCUGAGCCCGAGCGAUUUGCAGCACUGGAGCGAGCCGGCUUCAGGACGGAACGCUACGGAGACCUCACUUCCCUUCUUAGAAAUGUCGGACGGUGUUCUCAUCGGCUCCAGAUCAAGGUCAAGUCUGACAGCCAUAUCCUGUCGUGCACUGAAGACGGUCUCAUGUUUGAUGAUGGGACCCAUCCGCGGGCCGAUGUAGUUGUCUAUGCCACCGGGAUUACAGGAAACCUCCGGGACUCGGCACAAGAAUACUUUGGCGACAUCCACACGCAGGUGGAGGAUUAUUGGGGCACUAACCAGGAGGGCGAGAUCAAGGGUCUUAUGUACCCACUGGACUUAUGUUUCCUGAAAAGUGACUGCGCUGGGUUCUGUCAACGGAGCUGA